CGUCCCUACCCAUGCUGCCCCGCGGUGUUGGAUUGCGUGACGUUGCAUCAGAACGUCCCACCGACGCAUUUCAUAAGACGAAUUCACAUCCACACGAUCGAGAAUGCCGGCUGACUCAUUCUGCUGACCGCACGGUGCCCGCACCAUGACGGACGUGUCCCGCCCACCACCCCGGAAGAGCCCCGACCCGUCCGGACCUCGCGCCAAACUCCGGGCACGGAAACCGCCCGGCUGGCGAGCCAAACCUCCGGUCCCAAGUUCGUCAAUCAGGUUUCAGGCUGUUCCGUUUACGGACAGCACCCCCAUCAGACCACAGCCACCAGCCGCUGUUUCAUUUAACAACGGCACCCCCGCCAGACUACCUGUACCCUCUACUGCUGUCUGUCAAUCACCUGGGGAAAACUCUCGUCACCAUGACAACAGCCAAUCAGGCGCAAGCUUGAUCCCCAGCCCAAGUGAGGCGGUGAGAUCAGUCAUGACUGGAGCGAUGCGGCUGACAGGCCUGGUGAGAGAGACCAUGGUCAAGGUUACCCACGCUGCCUCAGCCACGACAAGCGUGGUGACAAGAACCUGCUGUGCAGACAAUACGGUGAGAGAACGGACGUAA